UCAAAGUCUGAAGACGCGUCGUGAAAAGUUCUGAUUAUUCUUCACGCGACUCUCUUUCUGAGCUCUUCCGGACGUCAACAUGGGAGCUUCUCAGUCUGGACGCGCGCACACGUUCCGAGAUCUGGCUGAUAAAACUGGCUUUUCCAUAGAGCAGAUAAAUAACCUCCAUAACAGAUUUACGUACCUGACUCAAGACGAAGACACUUUAAGACGUGAACACCUUGAGAAUAUUAGCGAUUUGGCCCUCAACCCAAUCCGAAGACAGAUCAUUGAGGCUUUCUUUGAUAAAAGGAACUUAGGUGAAAAAGAGAAGGGCUCUCUUCAGGAGAUCGGUUUUCAGGAAUUCGUUACGGUCCUGUCCUUCUUCAGACCGCCCAAACCACGCAUAGCGGACGAAGAGAUGAGAAACAUCAAGAAGGAGAAACUGCGCUUUCUAUUCAACAUGCACGACACCGACAACGAUGGCGUCAUCACACUGGACGAAUACAGACGUGUGGUGGAGGAGCUGCUGUCCAGCUACGAAACCAUAGGAGCGGAAACCGCCAAAGCCAUUUCAGACGCUGCGAUGCUGGAGGUGGCGAGCGUCACAGUGGGUCAGAUGGGUCCCGAUGAAUUUUAUGAAGGAAUCACCUUUGAACAGUUCACGCAGAUACUGAGAAAUUUAGAGAUCGAGACCAAGAUGAAUAUUCACUUCUGGAACCUGGACACCAGGACAGUGCAGUGUGGGAAAUGAGAGUCGCUUUGGCUUCGGCGCUUUACUUUUCAGGCUUUUUAGACCUAAACAUGUUCGAAUUUGUCUCAAGUGUUGCGAGUUGAUUUCUUCUGGAGAUAUGUAGGUAUCCAGAUUAAGAAAUGGAGGCAGGGAACAUGAGUCAGGAGCAAAGUUAUAUUAUAAAUAUUUAUAAAAGCUAUUUCUGUGGCUUCGUAUGUUCACCCAUUUUUAAUCGUAAGCACUUUCAAAUGCUGUGUAUAUUGGAUUUUGGUAAACGUGAUCAUAAAUUUCCCAUCUGAGCAAAGUGCUCAUUUUAUAAUGGAGGAAGUCUUUAAAAAAAUCAACAAACGAGUGCUGAAACACUCCACACCCAAAGUUAAUGUAUCCACAAAUCUUAUCGUUCAACUCAAAAACAGCAGGGAGUGAUUGUUUUGUGGCCCUUGUGCAUUUACUCUCUUAUUAAAAGAAUAUUUAAUCCAUCUGGCUUCCUUCCACCAAAGUUAUAUAU